AUGCUCGGCCUGGGCCUGGUGAUGGGUACUCUGCCCAAAGUGAAGCUUCCAACCACCCCGAAGAUCCAUCGCCUGGAGCAACAGACAGAGCUUCUGUCUGUCCAGAAUCCUGUGGCGACGCAAAUGUGCUUCGGCUUCUAUGGACCCAUCCUGAACAAUGUUUCCACCACAUACGAGAUCAAUUACUCGGUGUGCGCCAACAACUACGAGAUGGCCAGCCAGAACAUAUACUGCCGCUGGAACAGUACGCUCGUUGGAUUGUCCCACGACGGAGACUCUGGCUGCAAUACCUUCGUCGAUUGCGCCACAAUUGUCGACUAUGUGGAGGCCUUUGAGUGCUUCGCCAGAGUGGGGGCCCAAGAGUCCAAAACGAUGUAUUCGAUUUCAGCAAACGCCACCCAAAUAGCUGCCACCAUUCAGAGUGAUCUUCUUCUUUUGGAGAGCCGACGGGACGUAUGCGUAAAUGAUGCCGAGAGGGACUUUGUGGAGGAUACGGCUAGCACAUAUGAGCAUUUGAAUGCCUGCCUCAAUGGAGCUGCUCUGCCAAAUGAACCAGUCUCUACAGAACGACCAAGUACAACAGAAAUACCAGAUACAGAAGGCACAACAGGCUUUAGGAUAUAUUGGAACUAA